UUGUACCCCGCAUUCCUAUCGCACGAACGACGUAACCUCUCCCACCAUGUCUGCCAGCAGAAAUACCAUCCUUCGCCUCAUCAAUGCCUCCCAGCACUCUGCCUGCCCAUGCCAUACGUGCAAUACUACCUCUCGUACUCACGGACACGCCCAUGGUCUCAACCAGCUCAGACGGUUCGCGUCGCCCGGGGUGCAACCUAUAGAGAAGGAAUAUGCGUUUGAAGUUGCUGCGUCUAACCUGCGAUUUGGGGAUGGCGUUACUUCCGAGGUCGGGAUGGAUCUCAGAAACAUGAACGCCCGGAAGGUUGGCGUUUUCACGGAUCCUAACAUCGCUAAGCUCCGACCAAUGAAAAACGCCUUGGCUUCCUUGGAGGCACAGACGGAUCUGCCAUUCGAGGUCUAUGACAGGGUUGUCGCCGAACCGACAGAGGAAAGCUGGAGAGACGCUAUUGCGUGGGCAAGAACACAUGACUUUAGUCACUUCUUGGCUGUCGGUGGUGGAAGUGUCAUAGAUACCGCCAAAGCUGCUAAUCUGUUCAACACGUAUAAAGACGCCGACCUCAUGGAUUUCAUCAACGCGCCAGUUGGAAAAGGACUACCUAUCUCCGAGAAACUCUCGCCUCUCAUUGCCAUCCCUACUACAGCAGGGACAGGCUCCGAGACCACUGGUGCAGCCAUUCCUGGACAUUACGUCUCGUUCCCGAGCCUAAAGCCUGUGCUUGGAAUUGUUGACGCCAUGAACACGGAAUCUUGCCCUCGAGAGGUACAGAUUAGUUCGGGCUUGGACACCCUGUUCCAUAGUAUGGAAAGCUAUACAGCCAUUCCGUAUACGGAACGCGUACCCCGUCCAGCUAACCCGAUAUUGCGACCCGCAUAUCAAGGAAGCAAUCCGGUCGCUGACAUCUUUUCCAUGUGGGCACUACAAACUACUGUCAAAUACUUGCCUCGCAUAGCAAAGAAUCCAGAUGAUGAAGAAGCAAGGCGACAGAUGCUCGCGUGUUGGCAUCAUCAGUUUGCUGGUAUCGGCUUUGGGAAUGCUGGUAUAUCUGGUCUCAACAAGAAGGGACCCAAGUAUAAGCACCCCGGAUAUCUCGUUGACACUCCUAUCAUUCCUCAUGGUGUCAGUGUUUCUAUCACCGGUCCCGCAGUCUUCCAAUUCACUGCUCCUUCGUCUCCUGAUCGCCAUCGCUCCCACCUAUAUGAAGCCAUUGCGCGUUUCUUGGAUGGAGUUGGAGUUCCUCGAGGCUUGAAGGCUCUAGGAUACACUACCAGCGACAUUGACAAGCUUGUUGAUGGUGCCAUUCCCCAGAGGCGAGUUUUGGAUUUAGCACCUGGAAUUGGAAAUGUUGCUGGAGAGGAUGGGCGAGAGUAUCUGACAAGGAUUAUUGAGCGAUCCAUGGAGUACUAAGCGAUGCAGGAUAUAUCUUGGAUACUCGUGUAAAAGAGAAAUGAAAAUCGUGCCACAACCGAAUCCUGUGAUCAUGUGGGCGUCAGUAAACUAAAUUAAGCAUCUACAUCAUUUCUUUUGGCCACCAUCAUGGAUCAGCGCGUUCCUCUCAGUGCCAGGCCGCUUGACCUUGUCUACUUUACCUUCUUUCUGGCAAGUAUUGAGACAUC